AAGGCUCAUAAACGCGCCGACAGCCUUACCUGAUGCAUAAGAGAGCGUCCAGAACGGGAGGAGAGGUACAUUGGAUGUGGUGCAACUUUACUCACCUUACAGGCACAUACACGCAUAGUCUUGCCUAAAAACGCACAGCCAAAACAGAACUUUACGCGCUUACCCGAGACGGCUUCUCUCCUCCCUUUUCCUUCAGCGCUCCAAGGUCAGCGGAGACUUUGCUUUCGGUCGGUUUGUAACUCUCUGUUCCCGUUCUCCUGAGUUGUGGCCGAUCAGAUCCACAGCCCCAGGUCACCCAUGAAGCUGGAGGCCGGCGCCAGGAUGGAUCUGUUCCGGAAGCUGUGGAAAGCGAGGGAACUGAUCGUCGGGGUGUUCAUCCCGCUGUCCCUGCUUCCCUUACCACUCAUCUACCCCACCAGCGAGGCAUGCUGUGCAUACGUGCUGAUGGUGACAGCAGUCUACUGGGUGUCAGAGGCUGUUCCCCUAGGUGCUGCUGCUUUGGUCCCAGCCUUCCUCUACCCACUCUUUGGGGUGCUCAAGUCCAGUGAGGUGGCAGCAGAGUACUGUAAAGAUACCACUCUGCUGCUGAUGGGAGUCAUCUGCCUGGCAGCCUCCAUAGAAAAGUGGAACCUACAUAAACGGAUUGCUCUGCGCAUGGUGAUGGUUGCAGGGGCCAAGCCAGGCAUGUUGGUGCUGGGCUUUAUGUGCUGCACAGUGUUUCUGUCCAUGUGGCUCAGCAACACAUCCACCACAGCCAUGGUGAUGCCCAUAGCUGAGGCUGUCUUGCAGCAGCUUAUCUGCACCGGUCUGGCCGACAGCCACAGCAACUCCGAAACCACAGAGGCCCCUGAGGAUGAUGACGACAAAGAAGAAAACCUGGAGAAAAACCAGUUUGAAUUGCUCUAUCACAACGAGAGUGACUGCAGCAAACAGGAGCUUUCUACACAAAGUGAGGUGCAGACUGACGAGUUAAAUGAUUUGGGUCUGAAGUCGAUUGCUAACCAGGACUAUAAUGGAACCACCAAUGGACACCUGCCACAGGUUGCAGUUGAAAUUCCAAACGUCAAGCGGGAGAAGGAAAGGAGAAAUUCCCGGUAUCCCACCAAGAGGGAUCACAUGAUCUGUAAAUGCCUUUCGCUCAGCAUCACCUAUGCUGCAACCAUUGGAGGACUCAUCACCAUCACUGGCACAUCCACCAACCUCAUCUUUGCUGAACAGUUUAACACCCGUUAUCCAGAUGCUAAGGUGAUUAACUUUGGUACGUGGUUCAUCUUCAGCUUCCCCAUUGCCAUUAUCAUGCUGGUCCUCACCUGGCUUUGGCUGCACUUCCUCUUCCUAGGCUGCAACUUCAGGGAAACAUGCUCGCUGAAUAAGAAGCGCAAAACAAGGAGAGAGAUGCUGUCAGAGAGGAGGAUCCAUGAGGAGUACGCAAAACUGGGACCCAUCAGCUACCCAGAGGUAGUGACCGGUGUUUUCUUCAUCCUGAUGACUCUGCUGUGGUUCACCAGAGAGCCAGGUUUUGUGCCUGGCUGGACAUCUCUUUUUGAGAAGAAGGGCUAUAGGACGGAUGCAACUGUGUCUGUCUUUCUUGGAUUCUUGCUCUUUCUCAUCCCUGCCAGGCGACCCUUCUCCUCUUCUCACUGUAGAGACACAGAUGAUAAUCCGCUGGCUCCCAUGAUCACCUGGAAGGACUUCCAGAGACUGAUGCCAUGGGAGAUAGUCAUCCUGGUGGGAGGAGGUUAUGCACUGGCUGCUGGUUGCAAGGUGUCAGGCCUGUCGGUGUGGAUUGGCAGACAGCUGGAGCCCAUGAACGGGCUUCCACCCUGGGCCGUCACCCUACUGGCCUGCCUGCUGAUGUCAGCAGUCACAGAGUUUGCCUCCAACCCGGCAACUCUCACCGUCUUCCUGCCCAUCUUGUCUGCACUGUCAGAGACUCUGCACAUCAACCCCCUCCACACUUUGAUCCCUUCCACCAUGUGUGUGUCAUUUGGGGUCAUGCUUCCAGUUGGGAACCCCCCCAAUGCCAUUGUCUUCAGUUACGGCCACGUGCAGAUCAGCGACAUGGUGAAAGCGGGUUUUGGUGUGAACCUGAUUGGUGUGGCAGUGGUCAUGUUGGCCAUCACCACGUGGGGGAUUUCCCUCUUCAACCUUACUGAGUUCCCAGCCUGGGUGGUGGCCAGGAACAUCACUGGGAGCUUAUAGCCACCGGUUGGAUGGGGCCAGUGGCAAGGAGACAACAUGAAUCAGUCAGUGAAAGACAGGAUGAGAAACUGAGCAAAUGUCUCUGUGAUAAAAGACAGCAAGAAAAUGAAAUAUGGCAUCUCAAUGGUCUUAACCAUUUCCUUAGAUUGAACCUUAAGGAGGAAGCAGGAUGGAGGGAAGAGGAUAGUGAAAAUCAUGAUUUUGAGUAUUUUAUCCACAAGUAAUGCCAAAUGUCUUUGUGAAAGUGGCCACUGGGUGGAGCUCUGACCUCCAGCAAAACCUUCUUUAUGUAUCUCCAUUAAUGAAGUUUUGAUAGAAUGUUCUCCCGGUGCCUGCAUGGGUUUUCUCUGGGUGCUCUGGUUUCCUCCCACAGUCCAAAGACAUGCCACUUAGGUUGAUUGGCGACUCUAAAUUAGACAUUAUCUGGAUGGGCAUCCAGCAUAAAACAUGCCAAGUGUGCAUAGUCAGUUCGGUGGGAACUGAUGAUUCACUGUGGUGAUCCCUAAUGGGAACAGCCAGAAGAAGAAGAAGAAUGAUGUUUUGAGAGAGACUGUUUUCACUGAGUCACUGAAGACAUCACUUACUGCUUAUACAUAUUUGAGGCACUCAAGUGUUGAUAUUUUGUUUUUACAUUUGUGAUAGAAAAAUGAAAAAGCUGCCUGGAAUAUGCCUUUUAGAGCCACAACAUGCCUUCUUCUUUGGAUAAGCUGAUAUUUUAUAGAAAUGAGCUCGGUUACACUUUACAUUGUAAAAAGUGCUGUAGUAAAGCAAUAUAAAUGCAUUAAAAGAGGAGUCUACUAUGGUCCCUAAUGUACUAUAUACAUAGAACUACUUAUCAGUCCAUUCAGAUGUACCCAUUAUUGUUUUUAUAAUACUCCAUAAGAUUCGUUUCUCAAGAUUGUGUAUGUAGAGUUUAUAUAUACUGUACAUAGAUGUUCUUAUGUGCAUUGUUUUGGAAAUCUAGGUCUUUUAAUAUCUGACAAAUGUCUUUGCCAAAGCUUCUGAAGCUGAUUUUGUGCUUUAUUAUAUGAAGAACACGUACCUUGCAGCACAGUUAGUGCAUUUUACCAUGUUAGUUCCUGUUACAGUAUUACACUUUUAGUUUGACUGUCUCUUCUGGGAGUCCAACCUCUAACCCUGACAGUAUUAGUCCCUUGCUGUAACCUCAGAGCAGUGCAGGACCACUAUUCACUGCCAUUCUCCCAACAUCACAGAUAGCAGCAGUGUCACUGCUUUUUACAAUACCUUUUCUUUGCCAUAUGCCUACAUGUGUUACCUUAUAAUAUCAAGAAUGUGAACUGUACUGUAUGUCAGAUAUGGAAAGUCUCGGGUUCUUAAACUAAUCACACCAUAAUAUAUUUUAUACUGACUUGA